CGUUCUCUGAUUACAAAUCCCUCAGCAUCGAUGGAAGCUCAACGCAGAAGAAGGAAGAAGCUCUCUGAUCGCAGCAACACCCUUGUACCCGUCGGCUCCUCUGCAAGCUGUUCUUCCACUUCGUCUUCCUCUUACCUUCUCAAGAAACCCUUGAAAUCGUUUCCCUCCUCUUCGCAGCUUCUCCAUUCCCGCGACAAUCCGAAUCCCACUGAGACCCAUCUCGAUAAGGUUCCAUCCACGGCCGGAUCCACUACCAGCGCGGUUCUAGGACCCUCCACUUCCACGCCUGCUCGCCCACAGCGCAAUCAAUCCUCGACCGUCGGUAAUUUUGGGUUUUCUCUUCCGCCUUCGUCGAUUUGCUUGUUCUGAAAUCGGUUUUGGGAACCUAGGGUUUUGUCGGAUUUAAUUUUUCCGUGGUUAGUUCCUCAUGCCUGAAAGUGUAUCAGGUGGCGAUGAUGUUUGGGAGCCGUCUCCGGUUUAUGUUCGGAGGAAGUCCGGAAGCAAAAGGAAGGACAAGGAGAAGGCAAUUGAUGUGCCGGCUAUAAAGAGUCAGUCUAGCAGAUGUCUGGACAUGGAAUGGGUAAAUCGGAUAUGAUUAUGGUGAGAAAUAAGGAGAGAAUGGAACGUCGUGCUUGUAAACUUACGGCGACUGGUAGGAAGGAAAAUGAAGAAAAAAAUCCACCUAAGGUUAGAAGGAAGAAGAACAAGGCGGAUGUAGUGCGUCCUGACGGCCACCCUAUUGUGGGGCAGUUGUCUCAUAGUCGAGGUACUCCCAGUACUCCUACACCAGAUAGCGCACCGGUAUGGCAGGUUAAUUGGAGUGAUUCCAUUGACGAGGAUGAUGAUGAUGACGGUGAUGCUGAGGUUGGGAAUGCCCCAGAUGCUGGUGAUGAUGCUGGUGAUCGUGCUGGUGAUGCUGAGGUUGGGGAUGCCCCACCUCAAGCUGAUUUAGGCGUGGGGAAGAUGGCGCGGGUCGGGAUAUCUUCUACUGCCUCCUCCCACUUCCGUGGGCCCGAUGGACGCUAUGCGUCCAGACCUAGUAGCGAGGAUGCCGAAGAUGGAAAUAGGAAGAGGAAGACCACGAGGAAAGAUAUGUCGUGGUUUCUUACAGCCGAGUCUCCGAUGUGUUCAGGUGGACCAGUGAUUCCCGAUGUGAUCCCUAGCUUUGGAGGUCACAUUGGCUUUGUACUGUGGACUUCCCCUGAGCAGGACCGUGGAGUGUUGGACGGCUUCCAUAGGCCGAAAGCUGUAGAGACUUUGAGGCGAUAUAAGUGGAGUGCAGAGGGUUCCAAGGAGAUGGUUGAAGCCACAGGAUUGUCUCACUUGACAGGGUGCAUGAUGCAGCAUUUAGACAUGUCUCUAUUGUCGGCAUUUGUGGAGAGGUGGCAGCCGGACACAAACACCUUCCACAUGCCGUUUGGAGAGAUUUCGAUCCUUCUACACGAUGUGCAUCACAUUCUUCGGAUACCGGUUGACGGAGAGCUGAUGGGAGAUGAGGCCUCGCCGGAUACUCUUAAGUCAGACAUGGGUGGUCUAGUUCGACUUUCGGUGGAUGCUCAGGUUGGUGGUAAGUGGAAGUCUAAGUGGUACGAUAAUGGUGCUAUGCAUGCAGAGGGAUUGUUGGUGCGUGGGGGAGAGCUGAAGAUUAAGGAGAUGGAGGUGCAGUGUUACCUAUUUGUGUUACUGGGAUCCACGCUUUUUGUGGAUAAGAGUCGUGAUCGCCUUCGUCCUGCGAUCAACUUGUUUCUGAAGGAUCAUCGACGAUUGACUGAUUACGCUUGGGGAGCUGGUGCACUAGCCUAUCUCUACAGACAGUUGGGAGUGGCCACACGAGCGGGUAGUAAGAGUCUUUGUGGUUGUUUGACCCUGCUUCAGGCUUGGAUAUAUGAGUACUUUCCUCUAUUCCGUCCGAGCCAGCUGCCGCAGUCUCCGGAUGCACCUCGUGCUUCCUCAUGGAUUUCUCCCCGUUUGCCAGGUGGGGAUGAGGCUAGACAGAGGUUAGCACGUUAUCGACAGUUGUUGGAUGAGCUUUCAGCUGAUGAUGUGACCUGGACUCCGUACGGACGAGAUGGCCACACAGAUAUACCUCGCUCCUUGUAUACUGGCCCCAUUCGCUUUUCUGACAUUGCUGAGGGAUACGAUCCUGCACGUUGUCUGCGCCAGUUUGGAUACCGACAGAUUAUCCCCUGUGCUAUGACGGUACCACAUGACCAGUACCGUCCGGCUUCCGGCAGCAGUUACAUAGUCUAUUGGGAUUCGUGGGUGAAUCAGUUGUGGGAUAACGUGGCAGCCCGUCGUCUAGAUUUGAAUUUUGCUUCUCGGCCGUGCGAGCACCCAUCGGAGACUGUGGAAGAGUACGUUGACUGGUUUCUGACUAGAUCGCACCCACGGAUCACCCACCCCACUGAUGGGGUGCCUCAGCUUCGACCACUACUAGUUCAUCAGGUUUUGAGAGAGCAGAUUGUGGAUCGUUUAGGUCCCGUGUUGCUGACGAGGGACCGGAGUAAGUGGGAGGAGGACGGUGGUAAGUUCUAUGAUAUGGUAGCUGAGGUUCACGAGUUGUACGACCAGUUGGUAGGGCAGCCGCCUCAGUAGACGAUUGUGUUUUUUUUUGUCAUCGUUUGUAGUUGAACUGAGACUAUUGUUUUUUUUUAUUUGUCAUCGUUUGUAGUUGAACUGAGACUAUUGUGCUUUUUAUUUGUCAUCGUUUGUAGUUGAACUGAGACUAUGGUGUGUUUUAUUUGUCAUCGUUUGUAGUUGAAUUGAG